UCUCAAAUUCUCUGUCCUCCCGAGGCCCCACCAUGCAGCCUGUCUCUGCAAGCGAGCGUCCUCUGACCAAAAAGGAGCGGCUCAAGAACUUUGCGGUGAACAAUGGGCGAACGACGGCAUGUCUGAUUGUGUACAUGGGCAUCAACGUGUUUGUGUUUCUCCUCACGUACGUGCGGUACCGGACGGGCAAGAACAAGCAGGUGUAUGCGCUUCUUGGCGAGGGUGUGACGAUUGCACGUGGAGCGGCGGCGAUGCUCAACUUUAACUGCUCGAUGCUCCUGCUUCCUGUGUGCCGCAACCUGCUGACGCGACUUCGUGCCACGUUUGUGCACUCGAUCAUUCCUCUUGACCUCAACAUCGAGUUCCAUAAGUUCUGUGCAUGGCUCAUUGCAGUGUCUGUGGCGAUGCACGCGACGGCGCACUACUUCAACUACGACACGCUGGGCGACCAGACAAAGGACUCGUCGCACACGCUGGCGUUCGGGACGGUGGCCGGCUCGACGGGCCACAUCAUCACCAUGUGCAUGGUGCUCAUCUACACGACUGCGCUGGAAAAGGUGCGGCGGCAGUGCUUUGAGCUGUUCUGGUACACGCAUCAUCUGUUUGUCAUCUUCUUUGGCCUGCUCAUCAUUCACGGCACGCCGUCGUCGCUGCAGCCGAACCAGUUCUGGGGCUGGUUCCUCCUUCCGGGCUUCCUCUACUGUCUGGAGCGGGCGCUCCGGGUGGUGCGCGGCAACUUUGACACGCAGAUUGCGCACAUCAUCCAGCACCCGAGCUCGGUCAUCGAGAUCCAGCUGAUCAAGCCGUCGUUCCGGAUGGUGGCCGGGCAGUACAUCUUCCUUAACUGCCCGUCGAUUGCGCGGUACGAGUGGCACCCGUUCACGCUCACUUCUGCGCCACAGGAGGAGACGUGCUCGGUCCAUGUGCGUGUGGUCGGCGACUGGACCCGCGCGCUGGCGGCCCGGCUUGGGCUCUCGUGGGACAAGUCUGGCGUGCCAAUUGACUCGGAGGUGGCCGACGCGUACGGGCUCUCGUUCCGCAUCGACGGCCCGUUCGGGUCUGCGUCCGAGGAUGUGUACGACUACGAGGUGGCGGUUCUUGUGGGCGCCGGUAUCGGUGUCACGCCGUUUGCCUCAAUUCUCAAAGACCUGUGGUACCGCGUCAUGGACGUGGGCUCGAUGCGGCUCUCCAAGGUCUACUUUAUCUGGACUUGCCGUGACAAGUCGGCCUUUGAGUGGUUUGCCGACAUCCUUGCCGCCCUCGAGCAGGAGGCGCUCGGCGACCUGCUCGAGAUCAACGUCUUCCUCACUGCCAAGCUCUCGCUCGACGAGGCCCGUGAAAUCGUGUACGCCGAAGCCGGCCACGGUGGCUCGGCUGGCGGCGGCGACGUCAUCACCGGCCUGCAGUCGCCGACUUACUACGGCCGCCCAGACUUUGAGGGUCUCCUCCGCCGCUACGCCGACCGCCACCGGACUCAGCCGCCGGCGCCACCGGGCACGAUCGGCAUCUUCCUUUGCGGCCCGGCCGUCAUUGCCAGUAAGCUCCGCUACCUCGCCAACAUUCUCACAGACGUCACCUCGGGCAUCCAGCUGGUCUUCAACAAGGAGAACUUCUAACUGAUAGCCUGUUCAAUGAAAGCAAGAUGGCGU